CACUGAAAUGCCAGUCUCAUAAAAGGGUCAAAGCAGUAGUCAAAAAUUGAUCAUCACCCAGUCUUGAAACUGGGUGAUGAUGGCGCUCGAGGUUCACCGAUGAACUUUAGCGUGAGUUUUGUUAUUUUAGGCCUCCUAAAAAUUUAGGCGUAAAAAUCAAUCAAGUAUUUUCUGAUUCUUUAUGCACCACAGCUGGUACAUAAAGACCUGUUCACAUCACGAAACAUUGUUUGGAAACAAUGUUUUCCAACUGUUUCCAAACAGUCACAGGCCGUAUACACAAAACUUGUUAGCACUAACAAAUAGCUGUUAAGGGUAACAAAUUCCAGUUAUACACAAACCUUGUUAGCACUAAAAAAUAGCUGUUAAGGGUAACAAAUUCCAAUUAAGGCUAACAUUUAGCUGUUAAGCACUAACAGUGGAUACAGAAAACUUGUUAGGGCCUUUAAAGUACUGUUAAGGUAAAAGUGCUGUGGAGGACUAUUAAGCUCUUAACAAAUUCCUGUUAGUAGAGAAGAUGGCGGAGCAACAACAACAACCUCAAAGACGACAGCGAGUGUAUCGACAGCGACGGGACAUAUUCAACAAGUACAAUGACGACGAACUCAUCAAACGCUUCAGGAUGAACCGUGCUGGUAUAAUAACAGUGGCUGAUUUAGUGAGGGACAAACUUCAAUCCCGUACAGAACGGAAUCAACCACUGAGUCCUGAGACGAAGGUGGCAAUUACCCUAAGAUAUUUGGCCACGGGUAAAAUGCAGCAGUGUAUCAGUGACGACUUUGGGACCUCACAAGCAACAAUCAGCCGUGUCAUUACUCAGACAAUUGAUGCACUGUCAGAACCAGACAUUGUAACUCAAUUUGUAAAAUUCCCAUUGACUCGCCAAGAAGUGCAAGUGAAACAAAUAGAGUUCAUGGAAGACUAUAGGUUUCCUGGUGUUGUGGGUACCAUAGAUGGCACACACAUUAGAAUUGUGGCUCCCAGUGUCGAUGAACAUUUAUAUGUAAAUAGAAAACGAUACCACAGCAUCAACGUGCAAAUCGUAUUCGAUGCCAAGUACAAGAUACUUGAUGUUUUGGCACGGUGGCCUGGCUCAGUACAUGAUGCCAGGAUAUUGGACGAGUCUGGCUUGAAAGCACUUUUUGAACAAAAUUAUGUCCCAGCUGGAUGCUACCUUCUAGGAGACAGUGGUUAUCCUUGCAAGGAGUGGUUGCUGACGCCUUAUCUAAACCCUCUGGUUGGUGUUCAGACAAACUAUAACACAGCACACAAGAGGACACAUUGUAUAGUAGAGAGGGGGAUUGGCCAGCUCAAGCGACGGUUCCAUAUACUUCAUGGUGAAGUACAAUUGUCCCCAGAGAAGACAUGCAAAAUUGUCUAUGUCUGUGCUCUGCUCCACAACAUGUGCAAGCAGUUUAACAUUCCAGUGCCUAUCAACGAGGAAGAUGAACUGUUCCACGAUGCAGCUGAAGGGGACGUAGGUGCAGAUGAAGAAGAGCCAGGUGAAGCAGAGAUAUCUCCUAAUCCUGGUAGACCAGCUGGCCGUAACGGAUAUCCAUUUCGAGAUUAUAUUGCUAAUCUUCAUUUCAGCAGACCAGUGGCUGAAUGAGGUAUCAUGAAGGUGUGAUUGCUGUUGCAGUGCUCUCUCUCUACUAACAAGUUUUUUCCACUUAUAGUCAAAAGUGAAAGAUAAAAUGAAUUGAAACAAAUACAGUUUGUAAAAUAAUAUAAUUUGUAUUUUUUUUCCUUUACAUACAUGCUACAGUAUAUGAGGCGCGCGGCGCAACAACGACUUAACCGAGAAAUGGAAGUUUCGAGAAAAACGCGCUCAAAGUUAAACACUGAUUGCGCACAAUAGGAUACCCUUAAAUAAGUAAGUGUUAUACAUCAUUUGAAAGGUCUUGGGUAGUUCUGUUUGGGGAUGUAGGUUUCGAAGUGAUAGGUGACGAUUUUGGGUGGAUGACUUACGCGUUAAUUAACGCGUAUACCGUAGGUAAUAAUUUUUUUUCCCGAUAUUGUUUUCAUUUGUUAAUAAUGUGUUAGAGCCUAUUACACAUAGUAUUAGGUGAAAGUUUCAUGAAGAUUGGUACAUAAAUAAAUUUUUUAUGAAUUUUUUUCCGAGCGUAAAAAAUAAAACUUACUCAUUACCGGCACGUUAUUACUCCUACCAUAACUUUGACGUCCUGCUAUGACUAACAGUGUGUAAUGCUGAUAAUUUUAUGUUUGUGCAUGCAUUCUGGUAAGUAUUAAUGGAAAGCCGCUAUGUCAAGAACAUUAUGAAGAAACGA